AUGGAGAAAGGCUUCUCUCCCGUCGGUCUCAGAGUUCUUGUCGUCGACGACGACCCAACCUGGCUCAAGAUUCUUGAGAAAAUGCUAAAGAAGUGCUCCUACGAAGUCACCACCUGUGGGUUAGCUAGAGAGGCUCUGAGGUUGCUUAGGGAGCGCAAAGACGGAUACGACAUCGUGAUCAGCGACGUGAACAUGCCUGACAUGGAUGGCUUCAAGCUUCUUGAGCAUGUUGGCCUUGAAUUAGACCUCCCUGUCAUAAUGAUGUCGGUGGAUGGAGAGACGAGCAGAGUAAUGAAAGGAGUGCAGCACGGAGCGUGCGAUUACCUGUUGAAGCCGAUAAGAAUGAAGGAGCUCAAGAUCAUAUGGCAACACGUUCUAAGAAAGAAGCUUCAAGAAGUGAGAGACAUCGAAGGUUGCUGCUACGAAGGAGGAGCUGAUUGGAUGACAAGAAACGAUGAAGCAUUUCUUGGAGGCGGUGAAGAUGUUUCUUUCGGUAAGAAGAGAAAAGACUUUGACUUUGAGAAGAAGCUUCUUCUUCACGACGAGAACGACCCGUCGUCUUCUUCUUCCAAGAAAGCUAGAGUGGUUUGGUCUUUCGAGCUUCACCAGAAGUUUGUGAACGCGGUUAACCAGAUCGGUUGCGAUCACAAAGCUGGUCCCAAGAAGAUCUUGGAUCUCAUGAAUGUUCCAUGGCUCACUAGAGAAAAUGUUGCAAGCCAUCUCCAGAAAUACAGACUUUACCUGAGCAGAUUGGAGAAAGGUAAAGAGCUCAAGUGUUAUUCUGGUGGAGCAAAGAAUAUGGAUUCACCUCAAAAAGAUGCUGAAAUGAAUUUAGGCAGCAGCUAUGCAUUCUCUGGGGGCAAUUCUGUGAUAGAGACUGAUCCAAAGCCACUUGCUUCAGCUUCUGUCUCUGACCCCAGCAGCGAUGUUCAUAUGCUUCCAAAAGCGAAAAAGACGCGUAUAGGAUUUGAUCCCUCCAUUUCCUCUGGUGCGUUUGAGUCUCUGCUUCCUUGGAAUGAUGUUCCAGAUCCACUUGAAUCCAAGCCACCGAUUCUGUAUGAUGAAAGCUUUCUACAGCAACAACAAACAUUGCCAAGCCAAAGUUCCUACGUUGCAAACUCUGCAACUUCUCUCAUGGAAAAGGAAAUGAAGAAGCCUUCUUAUGAGUCCUCAUCAGCAGGAGGCAGUCGUGUGAAUGCGGAUGAGUUUCUCAAGAGCCCUAAUGUAAUCCUCCAAGAUUUGGACUUGUCCGCUUCCUCUGAGAAGCUUCAAGAGUUCAGCUCAAAUGUCACCAACAAUACAGAGUCCACUCUGAGAAGCUUGAACUGGGAAUUUCAAGAAUCACAUCCUUCUGGUGCUUUAGACAAUGACUUAGACUUGAGUUGGCUUCAAGGCGAGCGCUUUCUUGCAAACACCGGAUUUCAAAACUUCCAGUUUCAAGAUUACAGUAGCAGCCCAUCACUUCUAUCUGAGCUCCCACCUCACCUUUGGUUUGGCAAUGAGAGGCUGCCUGACCCUGAUGAGUAUUCACUCAUGGUAGACCAAGGUUUAUUCAUCUCUUGA